UGACCAGGCCCUUGGCACCCCGCAACUCGCACCCGGCACGCUGACCCCGCUUCUGGGGUUUGGGACCGCGCUGCCCCGCAGACCCCCGCCGGCCCGACCUGUUGCUAGUUACCCUUGAGGACCUACAUUUUCUUGCUUGAGGAGGUCUCUUGUUGGCUCAAAAUGAGCCAACUGAGACUGCUUCCUGCCCUGCUUAGGGCUCGGGCUAUGCGCUUCCUCGCUCCACCCCAUGACGUCCAGGUAUCCUGCUGGCGUGGCAGGUCAUCCGGGCCUCCAGCUACCUUCCCAGGCAGCGGAAACAGAGGAGGCUCCAAUUACAUAGAAGAGAUGUACUUCGCCUGGUUGGAAAACCCCCAGAGUGUCCACAAGGCUUGGGACAAUUUCUUCAGUAAAGCCAAGAGGGAGGCCUCUUGUGUGCCAGGCCAGCUCCAAGCCCCAUCUGUUGUUCCUGAGAGCAGGGCAGUCAUCUCGAGCCAGAACAAGACCAACAAGCUGGUGGAGGACCACCUGGCUGUGCAGUCCCUGAUCCGGGCCUACCAGAUUCGAGGUCACCAUGUUGCUCAGCUGGACCCCCUGGGCAUUCUGGAUGCGGACCUGGACUCCUUUGUGCCUUCAGACUUGAUCACAACCAUUGACAAACUGGCCUUCUAUGACCUACAGGAGGCUGAUCUGGAUAAGGAGUUCCAGCUGCCCACAACAACCUUCAUUGGGGGUACAGAGAAUACCCUUUCACUGCGAGAGAUCAUUCGUCGUCUGGAGAACACCUACUGCCAGCACAUUGGCCUGGAGUUCAUGUUCAUCAACGAUGUGGAACAGUGCCAGUGGAUCCGGCAGAAGUUCGAGACCCCUGGGGUGAUGCAAUUCUCCACUGAGGAGAAGCGCACGCUGCUAGCCCGUUUGGUGCGGUCCAUGAGGUUUGAAGACUUCCUGGCUCGGAAGUGGUCCUCAGAGAAGCGAUUUGGCUUGGAGGGCUGUGAGGUCAUGAUUCCUGCGCUCAAGACUAUCAUUGAUAAGUCCAGUGAGAUGGGAAUCGAAAACGUCAUCCUGGGAAUGCCCCACAGGGGCAGGCUGAAUGUACUGGCCAAUGUGAUUCGCAAGGAUCUGGAGCAGAUCUUCUGCCAGUUUGACCCCAAGCUGGAGGCAGCAGAUGAGGGCUCUGGAGACGUCAAGUAUCACCUUGGCAUGUACCAUGAGAGGAUCAACCGUGUCACCAACAGGAACAUCACACUGUCACUCGUGGCCAACCCCUCACACCUGGAAGCUGUGGACCCAGUGGUACAGGGGAAGACAAAGGCUGAGCAGUUCUACCGUGGGGAUGCCCAGGGCAAGAAGGUCAUGUCCAUCUUGGUCCAUGGAGAUGCUGCCUUUGCUGGCCAAGGUGUCGUCUAUGAGACCUUCCACCUGAGUGACCUGCCCUCUUACACCACCAAUGGCACCAUACAUGUCGUUGUCAACAAUCAGAUUGGCUUCACCACAGACCCCCGCAUGGCCCGCUCCUCACCCUACCCCACUGACGUGGCCCGUGUGGUCAAUGCGCCCAUCUUCCAUGUGAACGCAGAUGACCCUGAGGCUGUGAUGUAUGUGUGCAGUGUGGCAGCUGAGUGGAGAAACACCUUCAACAAAGACGUCGUGGUUGACCUGGUCUGUUAUCGCCGGCGUGGCCACAAUGAGAUGGAUGAGCCCAUGUUCACACAGCCACUCAUGUACAAGCAAAUCCACAGGCAGGUACCUGUGCUGAAGAAAUAUGCAGAUAAGCUCAUUGCUGAGGGCACUGUCACCCUGCAAGAAUUUGAGGAAGAAAUUGCCAAGUACGACCGGAUCUGUGAGGAGGCCUAUGGCAGGUCUAAGGACAAAAAGAUCCUGCACAUCAAGCACUGGCUUGAUUCCCCAUGGCCAGGCUUCUUCAACAUGGACGGGGAGCCCAAGAGCAUGACAUGCCCUACCACAGGCAUCCCAGAGGACAUGCUGUUGCACAUUGGCACCGUGGCCAGCUCUGUGCCCCUGGAGGACUUCAAGAUCCAUACAGGCCUCUCUCGCAUUCUGCGAGGCCGUGCAGACAUGACCAAGAACAGGACAGUGGACUGGGCGCUGGCUGAGUACAUGGCCUUCGGCUCCCUGCUCAAAGAGGGUAUCCACGUGCGGCUCAGUGGGCAGGAUGUGGAGAGAGGCACAUUCAGCCACCGACACCAUGUUCUCCAUGACCAAGAAGUUGACAGGAGGAUCUGUGUCCCCAUGAACCACCUUUGGCCAGACCAGGCACCCUACACCGUGUGCAAUAGUUCCCUCUCAGAGUAUGGAGUUUUGGGUUUCGAGUUGGGCUAUGCCAUGGCCAGCCCCAACGCACUAGUACUCUGGGAGGCGCAGUUCGGUGACUUCCACAAUACGGCCCAGUGCAUCAUCGACCAGUUUAUCAGCACAGGGCAGGCCAAGUGGGUGCGGCACAAUGGCAUCGUGCUGCUGCUGCCACAUGGCAUGGAGGGCAUGGGUCCAGAGCACUCGUCAGCUCGGCCUGAGAGGUUCCUGCAGAUGAGCAAUGAUGACUCAGAUGCAUAUCCUGCCUUCACUCCUGAUUUUGAGGUGAGCCAACUCUACGACUGUAACUGGAUUGUCGUCAACUGCUCCACUCCAGCUAACUACUUUCAUGUCCUGCGCCGACAAAUCCUGCUGCCCUUCCGCAAGCCACUGAUUGUCUUCACACCAAAAUCUCUGCUGAGGCAUCCAGAUGCCAAGUCCAGCUUUGACCAAAUGGUGUCUGGGACUAGCUUCCUCCGGCUGAUUCCAGAGGAUGGAGCUGCAUCGAAGUCCCCUGAGCAGGUACGGCGCCUCAUCUUCUGCACUGGCAAGGUCUACUAUGACCUGGUGAAGGAGCGGAACAGCCAGGGUUUGGAGAGCCAGGUGGCCAUCACGCGCCUGGAGCAGAUCUCUCCAUUCCCCUUUGACCUCAUUAAACAAGAGGCAGAGAAGUAUUCAAAUGCAGAGCUGGUGUGGUGCCAGGAGGAGCACAAGAACAUGGGCUACUAUGACUACAUCAGCCCACGCUUCAUGACCAUCCUGAGCCGGGCACGGCCCAUAUGGUACGUUGGCCGUGAUCCAGCAGCUGCUCCAGCCACGGGGAACAGAAACACUCACCUGGUAUCUCUGAAGAAGUUUCUAGAUACAGCCUUCAAUCUCCAGGCCUUUGAGGGCAAGACAUUUUAAAAGCUGAGCAAGACCUGUUGGGGUCUUGCAGUAGUGCUCUCUGGGAAUACUGGGGACUAGCUAGUUGCCCGUGCCUAGGAGAUGGGUGAUGGGAUUCCCCUCCCCAGAAUAAAAAAGAUUAUUGAGGCCAAAGAAUAGUCACUGCUGGCUUCAGGAUUAUACCACUUUGGGCCUUGUUUUCUUUUGUUUGUUCGUUUGUUUCCAAAUUCUAUUAGAAUUGAGCAAGCAGGGGUGUAGGCUAAGAAAAGAGAGCUUGUUUUGAAGUAUUUCUCCAGCUGCCCUAGAAAUUUGGGGGUGGCAUCUCCCUAAGUGUCAGUAAUUUUAUUAGCAGACAGUUGUCGAGGCUGGCAACCUUGUCUCCAGUCUGUCCCAUCCUGGCAGAACUGGCUAGCGUUUACCCUGUUCUUGUACAUCUGUAGAUCUGAGGAAUAGUUGCUUUUGUGCUAAUAGAAAUAGAGAUUUUAGCAAUAACUUAUCAGGUGAAGCACAACCCUGCUCCAUGAUUUAUUUGUGCUCAGUUUUAUGGGGCAUACCCUAAUGAGGUAUAUCAGAUUCUGUGUAAAAUAUGGCCAUAGCUCAUGUGUAAAGUAGAAAACCAAAUAACAGAAAUAAAAGCAAGAUUCAUGAGA